CCAGCAGCGCACACAGGAGAAGAAGCCCAGGAUCCCCGGUGUCCAGUGUCUUGUCAGUCCGCCGUAGUAACGCAUGCACACGCCAUGAACACCGUUGCAGGGUGGUAGGUAGUCCCGGGUCCCGGGUGUCUCUCUUCACGGCGACGUGUGGUGGGGACGAGCCCGGCAGAGGAGCUGGUGCAGCGCCUGUGUCUUGGAAUAAAGAAGGCAUUCCUAUCUUUCCCUCGGUCCACCCCUCCCUCACUUUCUCCUCUCGGGGUCUGUAAAUUAGCUGGGGCUGUGUGGACCCUUGAGAGUCCCUCCCCCUCCCGCUCAUCCCCCACCACCCCCUUCCAACUCCAGUGCUUGCUCAGAUUCUGCUACUCUCAACGCUGCUGAGGGGCACUGGGGAGAUGCCCAGAUGAUCCACAGGGCCGUCCCGAAACGCAUCGUCCACACGGCCUAGAAGACUAACUAGAGCGAGUGGGAGAGAGCCCCUGGAGGGUGCAGUGAGUUCCCCAGUGAGGCCCGCCCAACGAGCCUGGCAGAAAGCUCGGCUUGCCCCUUCGCUACUCCAGCCCCUGAGAUGCCCUCCCCUCCCAAUGAUGGAGAGGAUCAAGGAGCGUCCCCCAUGAAGAGGCCAUCUGUGGGCUCCUACCAGAGCAGCGGCAGGAAGGCACACAUGAAAAAGAAAAAAGGCCGGAUCAACGCCAAUGUUGCUGGCACCAAAUAUGAGAUUGUUCGCAUUGCCAUCAAUGAGAUGGACUUCAUCAAGACCCGGGAUGAAGACGAGACGGCCAACCUCAUCUGGAGUGACUCGGCCGUGCAGCACGAGAAAAUCGCUGAGCUCAGGAAUUAUCAGAGAAUUAACCAUUUCCCUGGCAUGGGCGAAAUCUGCCGGAAAGACUGCCUCGCAAGAAACAUGUCCAAAAUGAUCAAGAUCCAGCCUCAAGAAUACAGCUUCAUACCCAAAACCUGGAUCUUCCCAGCUGAGUACACUCAGUUCCAGAACUACGUCAAAGAACUGCGCAGGAAACGCAAACAGAAGACCUUUAUCGUCAAACCUGCCAAUGGAGCCAUGGGUCACGGGAUCUCGCUUAUCCGUAACUGUGAGAAGUUGCCAGCCCAGGAACACUUUAUCGUUCAGGAGUACCUGGACAAGCCAUUCCUGAUGGAGGGUUACAAGUUUGACCUGCGCAUCUACAUCCUCGUCACGUCCUGCGACCCGCUUCGCAUUUUCCUCUACAACGACGGCCUGGUUCGCAUGGGCACAGAGAAGUACCAUGCACCCAGCGAGGCCAACCUGAGCCAGCUCUACAUGCAUCUGACCAACUACUCCGUCAACAAACACAAUGAGAACUUUGAGCGGGACGAGACAGUGGACAAAGGAAGCAAGAGGUCCAUUAGCUGGUUCACUGAGUUCCUCCGCGCCAACGGCUAUGAUGUGGCCAAGUUCUGGGGAGACGUCUCUGAGCUGGUGGUUAAAACAUUAAUAGUGUCUGAACCCCACGUGCUGCAUGCCUACCGCAUGUGUCGCCCCGGCCAGCCACCAGGGAGCGACAGCGUCUGCUUUGAGGUCCUCGGCUUUGACAUCAUCCUGGACCGCAAACUCAAACCCUGGCUACUGGAGAUCAAUCGAGCGCCGAGCUUCGGGACCGAUCAGAAGAUUGAUUACGACGUGAAGAAAGGGGUGCUGCUCAAUGCUCUCAAACUCCUCAACAUUCGGGCCAGUGAUAAGAAGCGUAACCUGGCCCAGCAAAAGGCAGAAGCUCAGAGACGGCUCUACGGACACGGCUCCAUGAAGAAGCUCUCCGCUGCUUCUUCAGACUGGGAGAAACAACGUCACACACUUGAGAGAAGGAGAGAAGAACUGAAAGAGCGACUGGCACAGGUCCGGAAGCAGAUCUCCAGGGAGGAGCAUGAAAAGCAACAUCUGGGGAACUACAGACGUAUUUACCCCCCAGACGACAAGCUGCUGUUGGAGAAGUAUGAAGGCCUGCUCUCGGCCGCCUUUCAGACCUUCCUCGCUGGGCGAGCUGCCUCACUUCAAAAGGAAAUGAAUAAUCCUCUGAAACGAAUGAAGGAGGAGGACAUCUUGGAUCUGCUGGAACAAUGUGAACUGGAUGAUGAGAAGCUUAUGGGCAAAUCCUCCAAGCAGCGAGGACCUAAGCCCUUGACCGCUAUGCCAGAAUGCAGCCAGACACCGAGACGUCAACGACCCGACUACCUGGCUGACUUCACCAGCGGCGGCAGCAGCGAUGAAAACUCCUGCUCCUCCUCGGAUGAAGAGGAGGAGGAGAGGAGGAAAGCAGGAGGAGGAGGAAGAGGUGGAGAGAAGAAGGAGAAGAAAGUUUCCUACGACCUUGGGGAGAGCAAGGAGAAGAACUUGGCUGAGCGCUCAGGUCGCAUGCACUGGAAACCUCCCGUCAAGCCGCUGAAAACCAGCCCCGCCCCCACCGCAUCGCCGACACUCUCCGGUCCAAUCAGGCGCUCCAUCUCCUGUCCGCGCUCCAUCGCCUCCCUCUCGUCACCCAGUGAAGUGCGAGGGCUGUCUACCAAGCCAUCGCCCACAGUCCCUGUGGCCACGCCCCUCGUCAGGCCGACCUCCGCCACGCUGCGCUCUCAAUCGCUGAGCCGCAGUGGCUCCACCCACCGCGUGCCUCACAGCAACAGCCUGGGAACCAUCCACUCUAACAUAAGCGAUCCGCUAAUAAACCUGAGGAGUAAAGAGCAGGAGGCGGAGCUGGUGCGGCAGACCCUGGCCGCGCUCACCGCCAUGAGGAUCAGGUUCCCUGGCAAAACCGAGGAAGAGGCCGAGGCUGUGCUGGAUGAGAUCCUUGACAACUGGAAAUACCAUAAACCAAAGGUGGCCUCCUAUUGGCUGGUGAAGCUGGACUCGACCAAACAACGGAAGGUGUUGGACAUCGUGCGCACCAAUGUCCGCUCUGCACUGCAGCGGAUCUGGAGAGAGCCAGAUGUGGAGAGCCUCCACCUCUAUCGGCUCUUUAACCGAGUCUUCAACCGGCUGCUCUGGAGUCACGGGCAGGGCCUGUGGAACUGCUUCUCCAACACCGGUUCAUCGUGGGAGACCAUCUUCAGUAAGAGCAGUGAGGUGGUGUCACCCCAGGAGCUGCAGUGCUGCCGCCGGCUGGUCCAGCUGUGCCGAGACUGCCUCCUGGUCGUCUUCAAGUUUGUCUCCGAGUCCCGCGGCUCUUUGACCGGACUCAGCCCCGAAUGGGAUGACACCAGGUACUGGAACGCUGUUAGCAGGAGCUGCCUCACUGCUCUGUCUCGGUGGAAGGUGUCAUAGAAAAGUCUUAGAAAGGUUCUGACGUCUUUGCCGCGGAAUGAUGGGUGAGGAUUUUCUGUUCCUGCUACCAAAAAUUUAGUAGAGAAUUCAAAGAAUGAAAGAGUGAAACUGGUUUAGUCAGUACGAGGCCCACGGUUUAGAGCCGAUACAUGAAGACUGCAGACAACCUAUUUAAACACUGUAGGUGGAUGUCUUUGCAUUUUGCAGUUGAUGAAUUGGUACAUUGCAUUUCAGUAAUCCUACAUUGCAAAUAUCUGCUCUUUCUAGCAUUUUAAAUAUAAUGGUUUGAUGCUUUUUUGUCAAACAUGACUCUAAACUCAGUAUAUUUGGGUUUUUAACUGUUGUUCAGACAAGGUGAAGAUUUCCCUCUGGUCUUUUCCAUCAGAAAACCGGCUUCGUUAGUCGCAGCCCAACCAAAAACACCGCAGAUCAUGUGGCUCUCACAGUUUAAGCCUCAUCUUUACAUUUUUCUUCUUUUCCCUCUUUUUGUCAUUUGCCGAGGGAAGGUUAGGUCGUAAAUCUUGAAAUCAUCAGGUCUUUAUUGAAGUUGAAAUGUGCAAAUGGAGAAGUCCAUAAAUGGCAGAGUCAAUAUAUAAAAAUAUUUGGUCUCAGUCCCGAGCACUAAUGCGCCCUGACCUCUAAAUUCUGACCUUUGCAUAUCUAAUCCUCUCAUUAUGUUCAUCCUUCCCCCUAAUCCCUGCGUCCCUGGCUCUCGCCUGUCCGCCUGUCUGUCUGCCUGUCCAGGUACGUGCUGCCAGUGACCUCCCAGUUCAUCGUGAAGUGGCCUUCGUCCAGCUUUGGCCGCAUCUCCUCGGCCAUGCCGCGCUCCCGCAGCCUCUUCGCCGCCAGGAUGGGCCACUUCUGAGGUCACCGUGGCAACCCUGGCUACAGACACCUCGCCUUUUUGACUUCACCCCCCCCUCCCCCCUUCCCCUGACUCUCACCCAGCCAAACUCCGAUCUCAGCAAUCCUGGUAUGGAGCUGGAUCGCUGGGCAGCUCUGGACACCGGAUGGGAGCCUCACCCUUCAGCCCAGCCCCCUCGUGGGAGCUCACCAAGGAGAGGCUGAAUGACUGAGGUUUUCUUAAGGGGCCUUGUUCAGUUUAGUUUAGUUUGGCCCUGCUCAGACCAGCAGGACACCGGUACCCUCCGACCCUCCCUUUAGCCCUCCUUGUAACGCCUGUAAUAUACCUUAAUCACUGUACAGUUACAAGUCAUGGUACUGUAAAAGUCGAGAAUAACAGAUACUAAACAAUGCAAGGAUUAUUUAUUUAUCUACUUAUUUAUUUUUUAAGGUAUUCCAUGAAUGCAGUGAAUGCUCAUGCAGAAUGCAAAAAUGGAAUGAUUCAACACAAGCUACCCCUUGUUUGGGAAGUGGAUUUAAAAAAGAAAAACGUUAACAAAAAAGCGUAUUUUUGCUGGCUAAAAUCAUUUCUCUUAUUUCUGUGGUAAGAAUUUAAUUUAUUUCAUAACCUAUAUCAGCGACUUUCUGUUUAGAAAUGUUAUAACAGUCACUUUAUGUCCCUGUUUUUAUGUCCAUGUCCAACAAUAGAGAGGUGGUGCGGGGAUAUUUCAAACUCUUUUCACUUUUGAAUGAUUAUGCCUCAUGUUUUACACGCGCGAUCGUAGGUGCAGAUUUGUUAUUAAGCAACAAAAUGCUCAGAAUGUGGACGUAGAAGAGCCACGCCUCUUUGCCUCAGCAUCAGGAGCCAAACCGAAGCCCCAGCGAGCGUCCAGCUCCUGACCCAGUGUAUGCACUUUUCUGGUUUGUCACAGAGAGAGAAAGUGGGUGCACAUCUUAGUCGUGUUUGCAUGCCUAGAUUUUAGUCCCUCACGUGGGCGUAGAGGUGAAACAGAGGAGCUGCGUUCGGAACAUACUUGAAGUCGUGUGUUUGUCAUGAAUCAUCGUGUCUUUGUAUCGAAGGGGACACUUCACCUAUAGAUUCCUUGUCUCGAUUAUGGAUGUGUUAAGGUUAAUAGAGAUGUGUUGCAUCAGUUAGAGAUCGUGCAGCGUCUCCUGGGACGAGCAGCUGCAGCCUUUUUUCUCCAUCGCACCGUCGGUACAAGUACCAAGGAAACUCAUUGGAUGUGCCAAUAAUAAGCACAUCUGCUUCACGUGUUCAGUUUUAUUUAUUCAAGGUUAAUGUAUCAUGAUACUACUGUAGGACCUCAGUUAAAUACAGUGUUAAAUGUAGAUAGGGAGAAACGUUGUAUGUUUAGCAGUUUACUUGGUUCAGUGUGACUACCCCAUCAGACGAUCGCUGACUCAACUGUUCAAUGUGGUAGUUUUGAACUGUACCAAAUUGUACAGUGCACAUUUUAUAACAUCUGUUUUGCUGGAUCUACUCAAAUUGACUUUUCCACACAAGCAGAACAUCACUUCACAAUGCCAAAUAUUUUUUUUAUUUUUUGCCUGAUAACGUUUGUGUUAUUUAAGAGUAGACCUUUUUUUUUUCAUUGGAGGAAUGAGAUUUUUAAUUUUACAUAGCAAUAAAAAUGUUUAAACAAACACAUGUUCAUCUUCCUGUUGUCUGUUCUUCUUGCAUCAAUCAGUGGAGCCCAGUUUUUACAAUGUAGAC